GGCAGAGUACAGGGACAGAGGGAGCGAAGGAGAGAGGAGGAGGGCAGGACUGGCAGGGUGCGGUCUGAAGUGGCAACAGAUUGCUUUGGAUCACUAAAAAUCCUUUCAAUUCAACUGGAAAGCUGCAGCUUGUUGCAUGCGGGCCGCGGAGAGGAACACAUCAGCCAAACGGCGGGCGAAAGUGGCUGAUGUGAGAAAAGGAGGGAGAGAAACCACAACACUGUCCCCUGGAUAUCAAACCACUCUCUCUCUUUAACUCUCACACCCACCAAAUCGACUUUGAACCUGUUUGUUUAAAUACACGGACUUUACAGCCUUAACUUAUUGUUGGUUGUGCGCAGCGGCGGGAGCGGAUUUUCUCAUCCGGAACAGCUUGUGGAGAAACCCAGCUUUUUCUUUUCUCUUUUCCUGCGUCCUCAUGGUUCCUCAUGUAGCAGAGGAGCUGCUCAGUUUCAAUCCGAACCCCUCGGACGCGGCGCUGCAGCUGUCACGGACAAUGGAGACUGAACCGGGGAGACACUGAAGACAUCUCUCUCCCCCGGGAGAGUCCUCCCUCCCCCCCGGGGCGAUGCGGAUCUCCCUCUUUCUACUCACCGCCUCUCUGUGUGCCUUGGUCCUCCUCCUCGCACCUGCUUUGGAGGGCUGCGGGCCGGGGAGGGGAAUCGGCAAGAGGCGAUUCCCGAAGAAGCUCAUCCCGCUCGCCUACAAGCAGUUCAGCCCGAAUGUCGCCGAGAAGACUCUCGGGGCCAGCGGGAGACCGGAGGGCAAAAUAACGCGCAGCUCCGAGCGCUUCAAAGAACUGACCCCCAAUUAUAACACGGACAUCAUCUUUAAAGAUGAGGAGGAUACGGGUGCCGACAGGCUCAUGACCCAGCGCUGUAAGGAUAAGUUGAACUCUCUGGCCAUUUCUGUGAUGAACAUGUGGCCGGGUGUGAAGCUGAGAGUUACUGAAGGCUGGGAUGAGGACGGCCAUCAUUCGGAGGACUCGCUGCACUACGAGGGCCGUGCAGUUGACAUCACCACAUCCGACAGAGACAGAAAUAAGUACGCCAUGUUGGCCCGCUUGGCUGUAGAAGCUGGAUUUGACUGGGUUUACUAUGAGUCCAAAGCCCACGUUCACUGCAGUGUCAAGUCAGAGCACUCAGUUGCAGCCAAAACUGGAGGCUGUUUUCCUGGUGAUGCUGAGGUUCUCCUUGAAGGCGGCAGUACCAAACCGAUGCGUCACCUUCUCCCCGGUGACCGAGUCCUGGCUUCAUCAACAACAGACGGCCGCACAUCACUCCUCUACAGCCCGGUCAUAUCAUUCCUGGACCGCCAGCCCAACGUCACAAAGACCUUCUACAUUAUCGGGACAGAAGCAGGCUUCAACAUCAGCCUCACAGCUGCUCAUUUGAUCUUUGCUGCAGACUGUGCUGAUGCUCGGAACAAAACAAAGCCUCGGGAGACAUUUUUUGCUUCCAUUUGGAGCGACAGGUGGCGCUCUGGAGCUCGUCUGAGAACAGUUUUUGCCAGUGAGGUCCAGCCGGGACAGUGUGUCUUCACAUCAUCGGAGGAAUCGAAGCCACAUGUAAGAGCUUCAGUUGUGACCUUUGUAGAGGAGCAUAGAAGCACUGGGUUAUACGCCCCACUGACCCAGCACGGGUCUAUCGUUGUGAACGGCGUGCUCUCAUCCUGCUAUGCUGCGGUGGACAGUCACGAAUUGUCCCAUUGGGCGUUUGCUCCGCUAAGAUUCCUCUACAGUAUGCUGGGGCCUUCACAAGCACAGAGUGACGGCGUGCACUGGUACCCACGGCUUCUGCACAGUUUCGGGGAGCUGCUGCUGGAUGCAGGACAUUUCCACCCUUGGGGUAUUGAGCAAUGACACAGAUAUUUUCCACAAAAACUUGUCUCAGAUUGAUGACUUUCUUCACUUAUGUUUAUUCAGGGGCACAAAAACACGAGCACAACUGUUUUUCUCCAUAGAAAACAGCAACCAAGAGACCACCAAAGAUAACAGAUUUAUGUAAAUUUAUGUAUUUUUAUUAUGUUAUUAACUUACUUAACUAUAUUGCUGUACUUGAACAAACUUUCUGUCAAAUUCAGUUGUAUAAGAGUGCUAUUAUUUCAGUUUUGCAAAAAAUUAGACAUCGAACAUGGAAUUUAUCGAUAUCAGAACAAGCACAAAGAACAAUGAGAUAAUGAUAAUGCUGCAGUUCAGUAGAAAUUAAGUAGCUUUUCUCUUUAAAUAAUCAUUGAAAAGCUUUCUCAUAAAACUAAAAAUGUAAAAUCUAAAUAUUUUCAUUUUGAAAUUUACAGUUUCUGAAGUGAAACAAUAAGUUCAUCACUCCUUUUCUAAGAUAUUGGAUGUGGAAGGAUUUUUUAAAGUUUUUAAGGUCUCCCUGUGCUGAUCCCCAGCCUGGACAAAAUACAGGAUAGUGUCAGGAAGGAAAUCCAGCCUAAAAAUCUCUGCCAAAAAAACGGUGCAAAUCAGUAAAAGCGGAUUCGUCAAAAGGUGAACAACAACAUUUAUUCUUCAUGGCUUUCAUUUAAAGAGCACAGUUUGUAUAGAAAGCGGCGUUUAGGAGAAAAAGGCUGCAGCCUGGUGCUGCGUUGUGGUAUCACAUCAGUGAUGCACAGAGCUUGCCGUCUGACGUAAGUUCUUCCUCCACUUUCACCGUCUUUUUCACACUUCUUUGUUUCUAUCAGGGUUUUAUUUAAAGAAAUAUUUGUGUUGUUGCGUUUGUCCUAUUUUGUAAUUUUUUGAGUGUCACUUUUCAGGUCAGUAGUACGACUCAGGCUGUAUUCAACUACUGUAUAAAGUAUCAUCUAUGCAUCUUAUGGAAUAGCAAUUAUUUUUGUGAUAUUUUAAUGUUAAGAAUUUUUUUAAAAAUCGUUUUUAUGGACCUAUAGAGGGAGCAGUAAAUAUGACAUUGACAAAAAUAAAACAAAGAGAAUUUAUUCUGUUGAAAUUAUGGUCAUAUUGGAAGGAGAGAAAUCUAAUAUCAUGUUGCUUGGACCAAAUGAUUUCUAAACAUCUCACAUAUUCAGGCAUUUAUCCGCAUACCAUCUACAGAUUUGUCAUAUAUGUAUAGUAAACUGUUGUUGGAGAGAAUAUUUAAAGUUCUAUUUUUAAAAAAAUCCUGUAAAUGUAUUAUUAUAUUUUCAGAACUAUGUUGAUAAAAUGUGUAUUUGGCAUAUAAAGAUUGUGUUUGCAAGUGAAAAUGUCUGGUGCAUUUGUU